AUGUGUGCGUUGGAGUGGGGAAAAAGAUCGGAGAUAGAGAAAAAGAUUAAUUUAACAGAAUCAAUAAAUUGUGUUGUAAUGCGAGGUUUUAAUGAAGAUGAAGUGUGCAGUUUUGUGGAGUUAACAAAAGAGAAAAAUGUUGAUGUAAGAUUUAUUGAGUACAUGCCUUUCAGCGGCAACAAAUGGAAUGAUGGGAAGAUGGUCUCAUUUAAUGAAAUGCUCCAAAUAAUUAGAAAGCAGUGGCCUAAUUUUGAUCCUCUUCCCAAUGGGCCCAAUGAUACCUCAAAGGCAUCCCAUGUCCCGGGCUUCAAGGGAUGCGUGGGAUUUAUUACCUCAAUGAGUGAACACUUCUAUGGCACGUGCAACCGUUUACGGAUAACAGCUGAUGGCAAUUUGGAGGUGUGUCUCUUUGGGAAUUCAGAGAUAUCUCUCAGGAAAAAUACUGCAAGAUACUUGGCGAUAAGUUUGUUUCAGGACAAGAAAAAAGAAAUGGAUCAAAACAAAAUAAAAGUGAGAAUGGAAAUGUAUCAGAAGCAGAUAGGAAUAAGCAAGGAACAUAUUCUUUAA